GCCUAGUUGUUGUCGUUGAUUUGGGAAUUCUUUAAAUCUGUCAUGUUCUAAAUUUAGAUGUGGGAAUUUUGUGUUGAAAACUGCUGGUGGUUUUUGACGAUUUUGAAUAAUUUACACACUAAUUUAGUUCAGACUUAAAGUAUCGUAUCACUAUCAAAAUGAAUAUUGAGGAUGCCUACAAGUGUGACCAAAUUAAGAUUGCUCAGCAGCGGGAUCUGCUUCUUCACCGACUGCAUGUGCAAGAAACAGCAAGACCAUCGCACCAUGAUCCACUGAAUAAGAUUAAGGUGAUCCAUUCUAAAGUAGAGGCAGCAGCUGGUGAUCAUAUUGCAGGACCUGGUGUCAACCCCAUCAUUGGACAAGCCCUGCCAAAGAAAGUUCCUAAAUAUUUGAUCCAUGAUUUUUUGACAGGGGCUAAAAAUCCCACCCAGUGUCUACAUGAGUUUUGUUCUCUUCAGCGGCUAACUAUAAAAUUUCAAGAGGCCCCUGCACCCAUGUCUGCAUAUUGUAUUACACAGUUUGGCUCCAUGGCUAUAAUAAAUGGAGUUUCACAUGAAACUGGUGUUGGUAAAUCUAAGAAAGAAGCUAAAAAUGAUGCCUCCAGAAAGACAUUGACAGCUCUUCUGGGCCUAACUACUGAUGAUCUUCAUGACAAAACUAAAAAUCAUGAGGUAAUGUUUGAUUGCCAUGGACGAAAAGUCUAUGUGAUGAAAGACGAUCUCGACUUAGAGAAUCCCUUUGCGGCAGAGCAAGAUUUAGUUGCAAGUAGUGGUGGCCAUUUUCAGAUGAACUUCAAUGAGAAUGUGGCAUUACCAUCAGAAGAGAUGUGGAGGUUACCAAGUAAAGAAAACUAUGCGGAUUUUCAAAUAAAGAGGGAAGCAGAAACAAAAUUGCAACCACAGAAACCCAUACAAGUAAAUAAUGGACAAGCAAUGCCAGCAUAUGGACAACACCCCUCUGGUGUACCAACUGUAACAAAUGGUAAUGCACAAGAUGUGAGACCAAAACAGCAGGGGGAACCAAGUGAUAUGCUGCCUGCUUUACUGAAUGCAGAAUCCAACAUAAUAGGGGGUCCAACAGAAGAUGAUGAAAUUGCUGGUGUUGCAAAGGCCAAUCCCAAGGUAGGAAAACCAUUCCCAGGCUGCCAAGUUCUAAAUUCCAAGAGGAGCUACUGUGCUAUCAUAAUGAAGAGUGGGGCUGAUGACCCAGGUCGUAUCAUAUGCUUAGGAACAGGUCAUUCUUCGGUCGAGGGCAGACAUCUGAAAAAAGAUGGCCGUGUAAACAUUGACAACUUUGGAUUGACAAUUACAAGAAGAUCUUUCUUGAGGUUUUUAUAUCGGGAAUUAAAAGCCUUUAUGGAGAAAUCGCCAACAGAUUCCAUAUUUGAACAUGUACCAGGCUCUCAUUUACUCUCACUCAAGGAUGGAAUAACCUUUCACCUCUACAUGAAUUCUGCUCCAAAUGGUGAUGCAACACAUUUUGUCAAGCCGAUUGAAAACUUACCAAUUGCCAGUGCGGAAGAUCUGAAUUUAAUGAGUACGGGAGAACACAUACCAAAAAUGGAUGUAGAUACACCCCAGGGAAGAUUAUCGCUGAAGACAAAUGCAGGACAUGUUUUGGAUGUGGACAAAAUUAAAGGGAAAGUUCAAAUGAAAUUUGAAUCUCUCAUGCAACAGGCUCAGUUGCCAUUAAUGAGUGACUCGGAUAAGCUUUUGUGUUGGAAUGUUGUGGGGCUACAAGGGGCAUUGCUAAGCUACUUCAUCAAGCCAGUUUAUUUGAUGUCUCUAACUGUUGGGAACCUUUUCCAUCAUGGCCAUCUAUCCAGGGCCAUGUGUUGUCGAUUACCAGAUGAUUUUCAACAAAGUUUAACUCCUGAGUAUUUUAUAAACCAUCUCCUGAUUGGCCGAGUUACUACUUACACGCCCAAUCAGGAUGAUUUUCAAGAGUUUACUAGUGUCAACUGGAGUUUAGGAGAUGCUCAGUAUGAAGUGAUUGACACGAAGACUGGCUGCUGUACUGAUUAUUCACCAUUUCGUAGUUCAUCAUCUGGGGCAAGUAGGCUAUGUAAAGCAGCAUUUUUUAGUAGAUUCAAGUCAGUUUGUCAAGCUCUUAAACGAGAGGAUUUGGUCCAUAUUAGUAACUAUCAUAAUGCCAAGAGUGGCUGUGAGGACUACAACAAAAGUAAGGCAGCGUUGCUGGACUACUUGGAACAGAACAAUCUAGGAAAGUGGGUAAAGUUGCCCACAGAACUAAGUGUUUUUAACAAGUGAGAUAUUUUAAGCAUUUAUCCCAGUAUUGACUUGCAACUUUUCUAUUACCAUUUUAUAAAUAUUUUUGAACCAUAUUGCAGUAGUUUAUUCAGAACAAGAAAGCUUUUAUGUAAAAAUAAUAGAUGGAACUGGUAUUCGUCUUGCUAUGCAUAUUAAGAUUGUAAUCAUCCUGAGUUCAGUGCUUGUGAUUGGAUGUGAUGUAACACUUGACACCAUAUCUGUAUCAAAAGUAUUGAACUGUUUGAUUAAUGUAUAUGCUGGACUGUAUAAAGUUGUUUCAGUGAUGUUAUACUGAACAAAGGAUAAGUAAUGAGUAGUAUAGUACAAGUACAUUUGAUCACACGGUUAACAGUGACAUGAAAGAAUUUCUCUGUGAAUCAUUUUUUACUGACAGUUUGAGAUUAUCAUGGAUGGCACCUUUACAUUAGGCUUCUCAUUAGUUCCUGUACAUAUUCUAUUCAGAAAGCACUGAAGUGCCCUUGCUCUGUGUUGCUAUUGUCAAAAAAGCUAACCACUUGUUUGAAUUUUGUCAUACUUGCCAAUAAUCCUUAUCUUUGCAAAUUGUUUUAAUGAAUAUAUUUAGGCUGUACAAAAAUUAAAAAAAACAAAGUUGAGAGUUGCCCAAAAUCGUGUUGUAUUUUGAUUCUCGCUGUGCAUUUUGCUUGUGCCCUGUCACUUUCCGCCUAGAAUAGAAUGCCUAAGCACUGAUUACUAGUUGCAACAGGGAGCUGUGUGUGUGUGACCGAUGCCUGGACAUGAUGUGCUAUAGAAGAUCAACACAUUACCGUAAAACAUUGAAUUGAAGCCCAUCUCCCCUCUUUGGUUUGCAAAAUUAGCCUCGAAAAGAAGCAAAAUAAAUUAAAAACAUGCUUGAUUGAUACAGUAGUUUAGAUGAUUUAAUGUCAGUUAAUACGCUCUAUGAUACAGAUUGAUGUUUCAUAGUACAAAUAAAAAAGAAGCCCAGAGCUUCAAUUCGAGGUUUUACGGUAUGUUGUUACUAAUAACAGCUAUUGUCCUUGUAAUGUAAAAUUGUGUAUGAAGUAGUACAAUAGCGAUAACAGUAAAAUUUACAAAAUAAGACCUCACUUGUAUAAAUAUUUACAUACAAGAUCAUUGAACAUUGAGUUAUUAAUACAAAUAAACAAUUAAUGAGACAGUAUUGUAUAAUAAUACAGUAGUAGAAAUUGUUAGUGUGUUAGACACUUUUUAUAUAUAUUGAUCAUAUUAUAGAUGUAUACACUUUAGUUACUUACAAUUAAGUGGAGCAGAUUGAAGCUUCUUAAGGCACCUGGAAACAUUUUAAUUCUCAUAAUUAGUUUUGGGAAUGGUCUGGACCCAAUAUUGUGAAGCUUCCAGUCUAAUGGUGCAGGCUGAAAAUGCAACAACAGAAAAUUCAUUCUCAUUGAAAUUCUUCUCAAUCCUUAUCAACACUUGGAAAGGUUAUGAACCCUAGAGACAUCAUGUGGCUUCAAAUCUAGUGGUGCAGGUUGAAACUUCUAGGGUAACAGGAGUCUUCUCAAUCCUCAUAAUCAGACAUAGAAUUGUCACAUACCUAACGGUAGAUGUUCUGGGUUCAAAUCCUGCAUUAUUCAUAUUGCAACUUAUUUCCUUCUUUAUUUUGUGAUGUCAUUGUAAUAUAGUAUGAAAUAUAGUGUCGUUUUAUAGCACCUUCUUUCUAUGUAUAUAUAAAAUAUAACAUUUUACUCUAGUACCAGUUUAAAAUGUACAUUAAAAUUUUAGUUUGUUUGAUCAGCCAUACCAGGUGCCAUCAUAAUGAUAUUCAAAUUGCAGUUAAAAUUCAUUUGAAUAUUCAAAUACAUUAGAAUGUACUUCAGGAUUACAAAUCAUUACUUAUCAUAAUAUAAGAUUUUCAUUUGUUGGAAAAGUUUUUAAGUAUAUGUAUAAACAUUUAAUAAAAAAUAUAUCAUUUCAGUGUAGAACUAAACAAUCAGUAAAUAUAUUUUUUGUGUGGCUAUUUCUUUAAAUUAAUCUAACAAAACUGUUUUAUUAGAUUGAUAAACUAGAUGAAUCUGCUUACAUUUUGAUUAGCUUUUGGUUGUCAGGAUAGAAGUUAGAAUAAAGAACAGCAAUGCUUGAAUUAUCUUAAUUCCAGACCAGUUUAAUAAUUACAUCCAUUUUUCAUGCUAACAAGGGCUGGACAGGUUUUAGUGACUGAAUGUACAUUUUUUCAUGAGCUGAGUCCAAUGCUAUUAUUAUAAACUUUGUGUUUUGAUCAUUGUAAAUGAGAUAUUAUUGAGAGAUAGUGAGUUGUUUUUUAUAAUUGUAUUUUUGAUUGAGGCUUUAUUUUUCAUAUAAAAUAGUCAUUUGAAAGGCAUUCUUUCGUUUGUAAAACCAUGUUUUGUUCUAUUUCUAUUGUUAAAUUUAAAAGAAAUUACAAUGUACUGUAGUUUAAUUGUAGUGUUGUUCCACUUGUAAUUGUUAAUGUAACACAUUAAAAUGACUUUAAUAUCAAA